GUUUUGGGAAAGAAAGAUUUUGUUUGAUUCCAUUAUGACUGUCUCAUAUACUGCAGAAGUUGCCACCUGUCGACGUUUUGGUUGCUUUUGGAAGCUACUUGCUAGAUGGCGUGCUAGUAUCUAUAAAAUAAUUUGGGUCGAUCUAUUGGCAUUUUUGGCCAGUUUCUAUUGCAUGGCUAUAUUAUAUCGUUAUGUUCUAACCAAAGAUGAUCGUUCGAUAUUUGAAGAGCUUGUGAUAUAUUGUCAUAGUUAUGGCUAUUUGAUACCACUUUCAUUUGUAUUGGGUUUCUAUGUUUCGGUUAUUGUUACCCGCUGGUGGAAUCAAUAUAUAACCGUACCCUGGCCCGAUCCAUUGGCUGUCUAUGUUAGUGCUCUUGUCCGUGGCCAGGAUGAACAUGGCCGUCUUAUGCGACGUAGUAUAAUGCGUUAUAUGUGUCUUGGCCUUACAAUGGUUUUGUCAAUGAUUUCACCUGUGAUUAAACGACGUUUUCCCAACUAUGAAUACCUUAUCGAUGCUGGCCUAAUGAAUAGAAAUGAGGCGAAUAUUAUUCAGGCAAUGGAUGUUAAAUUUCCAAAACAUCCUAAAUAUUGGAUGCCCAUAAUGUGGGCCGCAAGUAUUUGUACGCGAGCACGUAAAGAAGGACGCAUUUGGGAUGAUUUCUCGCUGAAAUCAAUGAUCGAUGAGAUCAAUAAAUUUCGAUCUGGUUGCAAUAUGCUAAUACACUACGAUACGAUAAGUAUACCACUCGUUUACACUCAGGUGGUAACACUUGCUGUGUAUACAUAUUUUAUGGCUGCCAUUUUCGGACAUCAAUGGAUCGAAAGAAAGGAUAUGGAUGAAGUCUAUUCCAAUAUUGUGAACUACUACUUCCCAUUGUUCAGUACAUUGGAGUUUUUCUUCUUUAUGGGCUGGCUAAAGGUAGCUGAGACUUUAAUCUGUCCCUUUGGCGAUGAUGAUGAUGAUUUUGAACUAAAUUGGCUAAUUGAUCGUAAUUUACAAGUUAGCUAUUUAAUUGUCGACGAAAUGCAUAACGAUCAUCCGCAAUUGUUGCGUGAUCAAUAUUGGGACGAAGUUUUUCCCAAUGAGUUGCCAUAUCAAGUUGAUGUUCAUCGUGGUGAGCAUCCUGAGGCAUCGACAGCCAAAUUGGAUGUAUCGAAAAUAACAGCAUCGGCGGCCAAACAUACUAGUCAGGAUGAUCUCGAUUGGGUUCAGUACUAUGGCGAAGAGGGUGAGGAAGAGCACGAGGAGCACGAAUUACGCAUACGUUUUGCUCCACGUGAAUUUAAUUUUAGUCACAGUUCCCUGUCGGUUUCCAUCACCCCAAAUGGCAGUAUUUUGGAUCACACCGAUGAACCAAUGGGCGAAGAUGAGCAUACUCUGAGUGGCAUUACCAGUAUGGAUGAAUUCGAUCGUCUAAAAGAGGAACGCGAACGUGAACGCAUCUCACGUCAAAUACAACAUACAGCCAUGACUCUGGAAUUGAUGAAGGGCGAAUUGGGUGCCAAUGCAUCGACUACCAAUUCAACUUUGAGUCAACAAGUGGAACAAGCACGGUCCAUACAAUCAGCCUUCGCCAGAUCGCAGCAUUCAAUGAGAAGUGCCCGUUCACAGCAAUUGCUGCAGGCAUCACUUGGUCCUCGCUCUUCUGAGUCCUCCCAGCAGACGGCCAGAAGUUUUCUUGUGAAGAAGAAGCAACAGCAGCCUCCUCAGCCGCCUCCUCCUCAGUAGUAAUUCUUUAAUGAUUACGAUUUUACAAUAAAUUGGAAGGUUUCUUUUUCGCACACUUUA